ACUAAAACUGAAUCUUGACUAGUGUGUCGAGAAGAUCCCUCUUUUCUGUCGGCCUGACUCCUGAGACACUUUGCCCCAAUUCACAUUCGACCAAGGCCUCUGUCCUUGCCAGCCAGUUGCCGGCGUUCCAGGGUCCUUCAACCACCGCCGAAAUGGCAAUCAUAACCGAAGAACCAGAUUCCCCAGAGCCACCACUCCGCAAACGCAGACCAGAACCCAAGUCUAAGCCCACCUCAUCACCAUCACAACCGGCAUCCACCUCUACUUACACCAAAUCCGCCGACCCCACCACAAACCCAUUUCAUUUCUGGUUCUGCUUCACUCUCGUUGUCUCUCUCGUCACCCUCUUCUGCCUUCUUCUCACUUCUCUAUCCCCAAAAGACCCCAAGACUUGGUUCCUCAGUCUUCCCCCCACUCUGCGCAACCACUACUCCAACGGCCGCACCAUCAAGGUCCAAACAGCCCCUAAUCACCCACAAGUUGAAGUCUUUUCCAUUCAACAAGGGCCCACUAACUCGGACAGCCGUGUUCUGAUUGUACAUGGCAUAGGUUGCAGUUCUUUUGCUUUUCAAGAUGUUGUUAAGUUUUUAGGCCGAAAAGAUGUCCACGCCGUGGCCAUUGAUCUUCCUGGAUCCGGGUUUUCAGAUAAGUCUAUUGCGGUGGUAGAAGAGAAUGUGGGUGGGUAUGGCUUCUUCGGCGGAGUAUGGGAGGUUUACGAAGAGAUUAAAGAAAAGGGUCUAUUUUGGGGGUUUGAUCAGCUUGUUGAACAAGGGUAUGUAAAUUUUGAGGAGAAUAAGGUGCGUGUUUCAAAGAAAGAGAGCAUUAAGGCCAUUGAGUUGGGUAGUGAAGAAAUGGGAAGAGUGCUGGCGCAAGUGGUGGACUCAAUGGGACUGGCACCCGUGGAUUUGGUUUUGCAUGAUUCUGCAUUGGGGUUAAGUGCCAACUGGAUUUCGAAAAAUCGAGACUUGAUCAGGAGUGUGAUGAUUCUUGAUGGUGCGCCUAGUGGGACUGCAUUGCCAGCUUGGGUGCUGGAAGUGCCUGUGGUGAGGGAAGUUCUGUUGGGGUUCAGGUUUGUGUUUGAAAGAGUUGUUGCAACCUGUUGUAUGACAUCAGUUGGUGGACUAGAGGCUGAGGCGCAUAGGAUUCUGUUGAAGGGUAGGGAUGGAGGAAAGGCAGUUGCUGGGAUGUUGAAGAAGCUGAAUUUUAGUUUUGAUUUGUCUGAAUGGAGCAGUCUAGAUGGUGUUAAAGGCCUGCCCAUCCAAGUAAUAUGGUCUGGUGGAUGGUCUGAUAAGUGGACUACUGAGGGCCGCCAAAUUGCUGGUGCACUUCCGCAGGCAACACUUGUCAAUCAUUCUGGUGGGAGAUGGAUUCAGAAAGAUAAUGCUGAGGAGGUAGCGCAAAGUAUUCAUGAGUUCGUUUCAUCUUUACCAAAAUCUACUCGACAAGUUGUGGAAGAGCCUAUAUCUGAACAUUCCCAGAAGACGUUUAGUGAAGCACAAGGCAGUAACCAUCACUACCAUCACCACGACCAUGACCACCACCAUGAUGUUCAUGGUCAUAGUCAUGGUCAUGCUGGAUACAUGGAUGCAUACGGACUCGGGCACGGGUGGGCCAUGUGAUUUCAUUUUAUCCUUCUCAAAACAUGGAGUAAGAGAUUGUAUCACUCUCAUGCUACUAUUUUUCGGCAGUGGUUGGAUCAUCGCAUUACCCUCACGAAAAUAUACAAAUAACUGCUUGUUCGAUAUUUGUUGCUGUAGAGAAACGUCUUCUCUGAGCCAAAAUGCGUGUAAUUUUUUUCUGAUGAUGUAUUACAUGUAUUUGGCAGAUUUUUAUAAUUUUAUCUACAGAGUCGCAACUUGCUGGAAA